AUGUCCUUCCCAUCCUCCUACGCUCACCCUCUGCCGUUCCAUUCCCGCCGCACCCCCGCCCCUCCGCCAGGCCGCCGCCUCAUCUCCUACGCCUCCUCGCCCACCCCUUCUCCCCCCGCACCACCUCGCAAGCGACCUCCGCUUGUGAUGCAGACUCCGAUGAACGGGCAGAGAUGGCCUAAGGACGGGUGGGAGCUGUUGAUGCGCGAGGAGAGCGAGGGGUCGAGGAGGGGUAGAGGGAGGGAGAUGGGCGGCGAGAGGAGGCCGGAGGAGCGUGCGAGGGCGCCGGAGAGGGUCAUUGAGCAGCCCUUCCUCACUCCUUCGCCUCCUCCGCCCGUCUCGUACGACACGCCGCCUUACAUGCGACGGAGCCACUACUCGGCGCAGGGGAGUGACAGCUCUGCGCAUCCUCCGCUGCGGCACAAGAAGGGAAUCGUCCUCCGAGGGUCGUACCGCGACCCCCUCCCUCCUCCGCCCCCUUCUCUCCCUCGCCGCCCUCCAACUCCCCUCCGCCUCGAUCCCGCUCCUCCUCCUCCCGGAAAGAACGCUUCGUUCGCCCCGCCCGGUCUCAUGUCCCGCCCUCCGGUCUAUCACAAUGGCUAUCGAGGAGGACAGUACCGGGACGAGGCGUUCGUACGCGGCGAGGCGAGGGGUCGACCUUCUCAAUCUGCUUUCAGUGGACCGUCGGGCGCGCGUGGCUGGUCUGGGCAGUAUGUAGGCGAUGGAAGGGGCUACGGAGGAGCUCCGGACGGGAGGCAAGGCCCGCGACCGGCUUUCACAGCCCCGAGGCAUGUUCAACCCGCUCCUCCUGCUCCGCCUUACGCAGCCUCAACUUCUCGCCCAUUCACCUUCGGCGCCGCCUCAACCGCCUCAUUCAACAACUCUGUCGCCCCGUUCCACCCUCCGCGCCGCUCCGCCCCAUCCUUCCACCCUCGCUCUCCCUCUCCCGCAACCUUUUCUCCAACUCCGCCCCUCUCACAUCGCUCACCCACCGACCUACCCCCCUCUCCACCCCUCACCCUCCCACUCCCCUCACGCCUCGCCUCCCCCUCGCUCGACCCCGGUCCCCUCUGGCUAACCGAAGCGCUCUAUGGGCCCAGUCACGAAGAGAUGUGUGCGUGGCGGAAGCGCGCGAGGGAGGAGGAGGAGGAGGAGGGAGAGGGGAGGGGGUGGUUGGGUGGGUGGGAUUGGGAGAGUUGGGAGAGGGAGAAGAGGGGGAGGAAACGGGUGCGGAGGGAUUAG